CUUCUUUUUCCGUGAUAUUAUUAUUCCAUAAUCCUUAUUUCGAGAUUUCGACUAACAAGCAACAAAACUUUUAAAUUUCUACAGUUAAUUUAAUUCGAUCUCUUGUCUAUUCUCUAUGUAAUUUAUUUAUCGCUUUAGGUAAUUUUGAAUACUACUGAUUUUGUUACUGUAGUUUUAUGUACUUUUUAAAUUUCUAAUAACUCCGUUUUUAAAGUUAUUCCUAUAAAUCCUAUAAAUAACCAUUAGAAUACCACGAAACGAAUUUUAGAAUCACAUUGAGUUCAAAAUCUGGAAAUCUUCAAAAUUAAAAAUGCCUGUAAAAAAAUCCAUUCAUAAUAGUCGUAGUUUUGAUGUAUACCAAGAUAGAAAUAAGUAUUAUGAGGAUUUACGUCGUAAACGCAAUGAUGUAACUAUUGAGUUGCGAAAAACUUUACGUGAUGAACAAUUGAAAAAGCAUAGAAAUAUAGUUUUAGAUGCUAAUAAUGAUGAAUUUGAAUUAAAACCUGAACCUGAAGUUGAAUUGACAAUUGAUGAUAUCAAAGAAGGUUUAAAAAAUCAUACAUCAUCAGUUAAAAAAUUAAAUUGCUUAAAAUAUGCUCGUAAGAUGUUAAGUUCAAGGAAAUGUGCUCCAAUUGAUGACUUUAUUAAAGCUGGUAUUUUACCAAUGUUGAUGAAUUUCUUAACACCCAAAUAUAACAAUGACACUGAUUUCCAAUAUGAAUGUUCAUGGAUAUUGACAAACGUAGCAUCAGGAUCAUCUGCAAAUACCAUUUCUAUAGUUAAUGAGGGUGCAGUUCCUUUACUUAUUAAUUUGCUUAAAUCGCCAGAUAUGCGUGUGAUGGAACAAGCUGUUUGGGCUUUAGGAAACAUUGCGGGUGAUGGACCCCAACUUAGAGAUAUUGUAUUAUCUAAUGGUAUUGUACCAAUUUUAAACAGUUUAUUAGAAACAACUGAACAAGUCACUGCACAACAAAACAUAGUAUGGACAUUAUCAAAUCUUUGUCGCAGUAAAAAUCCUCCUCCAAAUUUCAAUUAUUUACUUCCAUCUAUUCCAUUGUUGGUUGGAAUGUUGAGUCAUACCGAUUCUCAAGUUAUUUCUAAUGCUUGCUGGGCUUUAUCAUACUUGACUGAUGGAAGCAAUGAAAAGAUUCAAGUAAUUAUUGAGGCAGGUGCAUUGAAAGCAAUUUUAAGAUAUUUAGAAUUUGAUGACACUACUAUUCUUAUACCUGCACUACGAGUUGUUGGAAAUAUUGUUUCCGGUAAUGAUGUACAAACAAAACAUGCAUUGGAUCAUGGUAUACUUAAAUACCUUCAUAAUCUAUUAAACCAUAGACGUAUUCCUGUUGUGAAGGAUGCUGCUUGGUUGUUGUCAAAUGUGAUGGCUGGAAGUGUUGAACAAAUUCAAGCAGCCAUUGAUCAUAACCUAUUGCCAGUUUUGAUUAAAACCUUACAACGUGGAGAUGUAAAAGUACAAAAAGAAGCUGCUUGGGCCAUAAACAAUCUAUUUAGUGGUGGUUCAGAUACUCAAAAAUCUCAUCUGAUUGAUAUUGGAAUAUUGGAACCUUAUUGUGCAUUAUUAAUCUCUCCAGAUGACAGAAUGGUAGAGAUUAUACUGGAAGGUCUUAAUCAACUAUUGGAAAAAUCUGACUUCACCCGAGGCAAAAUUUGUAUGUUAAUUGAAGAAGCAAAUGGAUUAGAUCAUUUAGAAGCAUUGCAAAAUCAUUCUUCUCAAAAGAUUUAUGAGAUGUCAUUCAAUAUAGUAGAAAAAUAUUUUCAAGGAGAGGAUGAAAUUCAGGAAUUUGACUUGGGAAUAAUUCCACAAGAUAUUAGUUCAGGAAAUUUUUUCAGUAUUGAUCAUUGACAAGA